AAUUUCAGUGAAACGGAACACACCAGAGGAAAUUACGUAAGCGGAAGUGCUUUUGCACGGCGGUAUUUGUUUUUUAUUCCUAUAAUAAUCAAGCGGGUGGUAAAACAACUAAAAUAAACGCGUUUAUAUUCGGGUUAUGCGCUGUACACAUGACACAAACUACAGCCGAGGAGCCAUAACCAAAAAGCAGGACGUAUGGAGAGCACACUGAAAGAUUCGAGGCCUAGCAGCCCUUUCUUCAGCCUGGAUGAAGAUGAAACCAGCGAACAUCUAAAUGAAGCUUGUCUACUGAGUGACAGUGAACUGCCUUUUGAUGACCGAAGAUCCUCUUAUGAUUUUUCCAACGUGAUCGUUCCAGAAACUCCAGAAAGCCCUCUCAAUUUUCAAAGAAAAAGGCAUUCCCAAGUCGCAGACAGUUACAGUGGGGCUACACUAUUUGGUGCAGAUGGCAAAAGUUCACAGAGAGGGGACAUGAUUCCCGGAUACCUCAACACAACCCCUUGCUCUCAAAGGACACUAAAACGAAGAAGAUUACAAGAGCCCAUAGGAGGUGUACAUGAUGUACAAACUGGAAUUGGAAGAGGAUUUGUUCCUGCCUCAUCUCUUUUAUCUGAAAUGACGUGGCUGGAGUCUCCACGCCCCUCACAGUCCACUGUUUCUUCCUCUUCCACUUCUGCCUUUUCACGUUCUAGUUCAGCUCCUGAACGAUCUGUACUGGGAGCUGCUUCUGCUGCUGGUCAUAUUUGCUCACGCAAGACUUCUCCCUGUGGUCGUGCCUCUGAGCAAAAAAUACUUAAUAAAUGCAAUAAGGAACGGAGAGCAAAAAAGACAUCAACCUUUAACAGUCAUGGGUCCUCUAGGUGUACAUCAACAACACUUUCGCAUGGAGCAGUGGAAACACACUUGCACACUACAGACACAGAAAGAGGAUCUUGCAUUCAAGAGGAGAUUGUUGUCAUAGAUGAUGAUGAUGAUGAUAUGGUGGUUGAGGCUACUGUUCGCUCUAUUCAAAUGGCUGAAGACGAGGCGUUUGCUAGAAGCCUCCAGGAGCAAUUUGAUAGAGAGGAACAGUUUAAUCAGGAGCAAAAUCGAUUACAGACCACCUCACCCAACAGACCUCCACGAAACCUCCCAUUUAAUUCCUAUGUAGGUCUGAGCUGGAUCUCUCCCUGGGCCUCCAUGAUACACUCAUCAUCAUUCUCAGAGCUGCAGCAGGCCAUGGUUGUGGAGCAGCCCAGCAGACAAACAAGACAGACUCGGGGAGGUCGCAGCUCUCGCCACAGAAACGGUCCACACGUGUCUUUAGACAUGCUUGAUGACAGCCAGGGAAAUAACUAUGAGGCUCUUCUGGCACUUGAGGAGAUCCAGGGAUCUGUGAUGGGCAAGAAAACCCUCACUAAAGUUGAGAUUGAAAGACUCCCUGCAAAAGCUUAUGAUCCAGCACACAGUGCAGGCAAGACAGAAUGCCAAAUCUGUUUCUCUGACUACAAGAAAGGAGAGAAGCUGCGAAUGUUGCCGUGCUUCCAUGACUACCAUGUGAAGUGCAUUGACCGCUGGUUGAAAGAGAAUGCCACCUGUCCUAUCUGCAGGGCAGAUGUAUCAACAUAGUGCACAUGAUCUCAGGACUGCUUCUCUACCUCAUAACACAAGACUACACAAUAUGUAUUGUAUGCAUGCAAUUUUAAUUUACACGUGCCUCAGAAAUGUAUUUUUCUUAAAAAUAAGAAAAACUAAUGUAACGGAUUGACCAACAAAUUAUCCGAAUGAAAUACAUUCAAUGCAUCCAAUACAUCCAGGUUUACUGUUAGAAUGUACUACUGUGCAUUUGGGUUUUUUUUUUUAAAUAAAAUGAUUUUUUUUCUUAGGCUGGCUUGGACAUUGUCAAUUGCCACAUAAUUAUUGGUGCUUAAUGGUAACUUCAUCUAGUAAAAAGGUUUUAUAAAUAUUGCUGUUGCUUUUUACUUUUAUCCUAAUUAAAAUACCUCCAGCACUGGUACCUUGUACUUUUAA